CUUUAGAUAAGUGCUAGUUGAGGGCACUAGCCUACGGCUGUCCGUUCUUUAUAAAUUAUAAAAAAAACGAAAGAGAUCUUUCGCCGAUUCCGAAAGCGUUCCGGGAAAAAAUACCAUACAGCCAAGCAAUUAGAGGCAUUGAACAGCAACGACAGACACUGAGUUAGAAGUGUGGCAACCUGCAAAAUCUAUUCUUCUCAUAAAAACAACUUGUAUCUUCCGAUUAAUCAUCCAGGAACGAAUAACAAGAUCUAUAUUGCUCUCCACCACUACUAACUCUAGCUAGAAUGGGAUUUAUCACAGGACCCAAAGAACUGUUGGCCACUUCCAUUACCAAUGCCCUCGAUGAAUACUUUGUCGUCGACACCUCAACGAUCGAAUCCACUUUGCUCGGACCCGAGAAGAAGAUUGUAUUGAAACAAGUCCAGGUACGGCCCAAGACCAUAUCGCCUCUGGUGGCCAAAAAUGCUGGUGGGACGUCUACCAUUUUGGAUAUCACUGGAACCGUGGAAUUGGUAGAAUUUAGCUGGGAAUGGUCCACUUCAGGUGGAACCUUUGUCCAGAAUGCCAAGCUGACCAUUCAAGGCAUGAACAUCACGGGUGAACUCUCCAAGGGAGAAGUGGAACCUGAGCCACAACCAGGCGACGGCAAUACUACAUCGAUUCUACCCAACGAGAGCGAAAUUCAGGAUCGGGAUACCCUCGAACAUGUGAAAAGCGAAGGCGGCAUCAAGGGAUACAUUAUGCGACAAGUCGCCAUCAUGAUUGACAGUUUGACGUUGCAUAUCAAAGACUUGCAAUGGACACUCAAGACACCCAACAAUGACGGUGGCACGACGUCCGUCGUCGUGAAAGGAGAAUCCAUUGAGGUUAAUUCCUUUGGCAGAGAAACCGAUGAAAUUACAAAGGAAUUGAAUGCGCAUAUUCGACAAACCUUAAAGGUGACAGGACUCCAAUUUAAUAUAGUGGACGAUCAUGAUGAAAGUAAGCAGACGACAACCAUACCUCUGCUGGAACCGUUCAGUUAUCAAGCUCAAAUGAUUCGGCAUGGCAAACGAUUUGGCAACCCAUUGCGUGGUUUGACAAUCACAGGAGAGUCUUUUGGUUCGAAUGGUGUCGUUCUUCAUGCCGGGCAUGCCCAGCUAUAUGCCUGGAGUCAAUUCUCCUUGAUGCUUCUGGCUGCCAAGGACGAGUCGGCAGCAGCAGCGAGCCAGCAGACAAAGGAAGAACACCACGACCACGUCGAGGUUGGACUGGAGGACAUACUACCCAUCAAAGCAGAAGAUUUGUCCGAACGGCCAUCCGAAUUCAACCUUGCAGCCCAAGCAAUGGCAUUGAUAAUUGCCGAUGGCAUGCAAUUUAACUUCACCAGAGUGGGUGCCACCUACAAGGCGGAUGGAUCUAAUUCGGCUUUGAAAGCAGAGCAGUUCACUUGGAUUGAACAACAAGAGCAACGCCACCAACAGGGUGAGGAGGGACAAGAGAUGGUCCAGUUGGCACACGUACAAGGCAUUUUCAUCUCGCAGACUCCCAAUCUUGUCGUGGAAAUGGAAAAGAUUGUGUCUCUGAAAGUUCCCGGUACAGUGCAGUUGGUGUCACCGAGUGAACGAGCCCGCGUCGAAUUCGAGGGACGAACCAUGAAAGUCAAGUUGGAGACGUUCGAAUGCCAAUUCUUGGAGAAAGAGAACGGCGAUGCGGAACCCGGCACCUCACAGCAAGAAGAAGAGAAGCAACCAGACCCGAAAGAUCGCGUGAAUACACAAGCACCCUUUCCCAUUCAGGUCGCUGUAAAUCGCCUUGGAGUUCAAUCCUCCGAUGCCGGCAGUCGGUCUCAAUUCAAAGGACUCGAAAUGUUCUUGAACCCGAGCGAAGAGGGCACGGAAUUUGCAGCUGUGGUGGAAGAGCUCGAUAACAAAUUGGUGCACUGUACCGAAAACCUGGUUUGUGGAUGUUGGCCCAAGACGGGAUCGAACGAGAUUCACAAUCUCAAGCUUGCUUCCGACACGAUCACUGUCUAUGGUGGCCACUCAACCAAUGAAUGGAUUGAUACAUUCCAAUUGACAGGCGACAAGGAACAAACCAAGGCCCUCUUUGAGAAAAACAACAAAAGUGAUGGAAAGGAUCACCAAAAGGCAAAAGAAGAAGCCGAGAAUAACCUUUGGAUUCUCCCCCACUGUCGCGUGGAAGAGCUCAAGGUGCACAUCACUUACGAAGGCGCCGUCGGUGUCAGAGAUGUUAACUUCAAGACCGAUCCUUUCAUUGGCAAAGACAAGGCCACCGGAAAGGACAUUGCGAAUCACUAUAUUGUAUUGUGUCUCAAGAACUUCCCCGGGUUCAUAACCAAUUCCGAAGUCCUCGGUUUGUCUGUUGUCGACAUGGGCUUGAACACAUACGGAACUUAUCUUGGUCUUGCAACUCCAUUCGGAGCGGCUGGUGGCCUCGCAGCCAUCGCCGCGGUCGACACAGUGAAAGGAGCCGUGGCAGCUGGGAAGAAGGCUCGAAAUGCGGAUCAAGAAGACAAAGCCCAGCUAACAGAUGUUGUCCGUGGAAUCGGCUAUGCGGCUGUUGAUGCCACCAAAAGAGGAGCUUUGCGGCGAGGAAAGAAAGAUAGUGAGAACCUCAAUGUGGUGGACUGGGUUGAAGGUGUCACCCAUGAUACAACAAAGUAUGUUGACGACAACAAAGCCAGAUUAGGUGGUGCGGGCGGUGCAGGUGCUGGGAUGCUCGUGGGGACGCUUCUUGGCGGUCCUGUGGGAGGCAUCAUCGGCGGUAUACUCGGAGGCGCCACCACACAGAAGACGAUAGAAACGCUAGAGAAACAAGUCAGCAAGUGAGCCUCCGACCAGUUAUCACUCAGGCGUUCGGCCACGAAAAACAUUGAAGCCUACGGGCACUCCUUUGGUCAGAGUAAAGACCAACCCAAUAAAGAGAACAUCUGCGCUGACGAGUUCGUAUAAGCUGGCUAGGUUUUGAUGUUGCCAAUGUGUCAUUACCUAGCUAGGAGAGGCAAACAUGAUUCUUUGGUGGAACCGGAGGGAUUGCUGAUGGCGAAUCGGUACUUUUCAGGCGGAUCCCCAGCCUAUCGGUUCCAACUCUUGGGAUCCUGGGGUGAAGGAGAAGGACAUGCAGCAAUAGAUACGCAAUCGUCCAGUUUGCCCUUUCCGUUCGGUGCGAGCAUUACCUGAAUUGUACAUUGGCUUUUUCGGUGACCCCCAUAAGACAACAGCCCAGUAGCAGCUAGAAGGUGGAAUCGGACAAACUCGCCGAGCCUCUCCUUCUGCAGCCAUUUCUCUAUGGUGUUGCUGUUUGUUUGUUUUCAGUUUCCUUCGAAGAUUGAGGUGGAUCACACUAGCCCCUUGUCAUGCGCAUCGCUUUGUAGCAAAGCAUGGCUUUCCGCACUGGCAGGAGUGCUGGGUGGCGUUGUUGGGACGCUUCUUGGCGAAAUAACCUCGCUGGUUGGAGUUGCAACCACAGGGGGACCUGGCAUGUUACUGCUACUACUGCCGGGGCGACGUUCGACUCGUGUGAGUUCACUAAAGUCACCCUUUUUGGUGACGACCAACACGAUAAUCAAUCCAAUAGUAGUAAGGAGAGCCCCCACUAAGGAUACCAAGACAGAGUGUUGUCGAAUGGGACUCAAUGUGGGUGGCGGUGGUGUCAUGGUCGGCAGCACAGUUUGCGGGCUUGUCGUGGGCGGCAUUGUGGAUGGAGCCACCGUAGGUACUGCCGUUGGUCGUAGGGUGGAUGGACCCACGGUCGUUGGAGCCACGGAAGGGGCUAUGGAUGGCUGAUUCGUGGUGAGCACAGUACUGGGUAUAGCACUGGGCCGACUGGAUGGAUGGUUUGUGAGGACUAUAAUCGACGAGGAUUGCGGGGGAGCCACAAUCGUUGCGCCAGAAGUAGGCGAUCCUGUGCUGCCAAUAGUAGGCAACUCUGUGACAAUAGUUGGUGCAGCUGUUGUGGCCUGAAUCGAGGGGGCGGUGGACGGCAUUGGCGAGGUGGGGUUCACGUCGUCAAUGACAAAAGGAUCUUGUGUAUUGUUGCUGCAAUCCAGCGCCACCACAAAGUCGUCCGAGGUACUACUGUCACAGACUUGACAGUCGCAUGCUUGAAUAAUGUCUCCAAAGACCGUUGCUCCUAGACAUUGACAAUCAUUCUUGUGGUCAAAAGAACCAACACUACUAGUGGGAAGAGUACAAACGAUGGCGGCUUCCAAGAAUUUGGUGUUGGUUGGAUCAUUGUUGGAUGUCAAAUUGGAAAAAUGUUGGCAAAAGUACUGAUGUGGUCCAAUAUCACCCUCGUCCACUAAUUCACAUUCUCUCAAGUUGGUAUUUGUGAUGGGUGCUUCUGUUGUCAUGGUGGUGUUUUGAAUGAUACUAGUAUCAGGAUUUGUAGCGGGUGCUUCUGUUGUAGUAGCAUUUUGGAUGAUAUCAUUGCAGGAGGGUUCUUGACAAGCCAGUCCCUUGGGGUCGUCGUUGUUGUUUCCAUUAUUACUAUUUUCUCCCACACAAAUGGCCAAGGUCUGCAAUUCCAAGGCACAAUAGGUCAUGCAGCAAUUCUCAUAAGUCGUACAAAUGGUUUCGGCAAUACCCGCGCAAGUCAAGAGCCCCGUGUUUUGCUGCGAACCAGUUGUGGUGGCGUUGGUAGGACAGACAUUGGCAAAGUCGCGACAUUCCGAGCGCAGACAAAUUCGCAGGACCCGAUAAGGCAUUUGGCAGCUGUCGAUGGACUCGGCCAAACUGGUUGUCAAUAUCACGCCAUUUCCCAAUGGCAGUGCAAAAUCGGGACCCAGUAGACCGGCAUCAUCAGACGGUUGCCCUUGAGUGUGAUGAUUGUUAUCCAAACAAAGAAGAAGCAGCGAUAAUAGUACUGGCCAUGGAUGGAGGAAUCUCAUGGUUCUGGUCAGAAAGCUAGGAGAACGCCAAGUCAACGUACUACCUGUAGCUCUAGCUAGAACAACAGCCACACCUCGGCACCGUUUGUUGUCGAUAUGUGCGCACAAGACUCUCACUUCACUUCAUGGCCUCCUUUUGACUUUCACGAUACUUCUCGUAUUUGAUUGUGUGUGCUUGGGUAGUCUAGCUAGAGCUACAUGUAGUAGACUGACCUGUCUCGACUUCGCGAUGAUUGAAACGUUGGUUUUCAUUUUGUGAAUGGAUGCGGAAAGCAGUUUUUACAAGGACGUGACCCGACUCAAAUGACCCAGUGGUUGUUAAAUCUCCGGGUCGCCGCCUGUAAUUUUGGUACGAAUCGAAUCACAUGCAAAUUUGGCUCCUCCAUGCCACAUGCCAGCACGCAGCGUAGCAACCCCGCCAACUUGUGAGGAUGUAUGGUAGUUUACCAGGUAGUACCUACAUGCUACAUGUAGCAUGGGGUAAUUAACUAAAUCAAUUUCCAAACGUUUAC